UUACGAAUAAAAAAUAUUUAUUUUUUUUUCUGAACGACGGGUAGUAAACCAGUUUAAUUUAUAAGCACAUCUUUAAUGAAUACAAUGCCUAUUGCUAAUUCGACAAACUGUUGAUUUCUAAUAUUAUAAGCAACCAUUCCUAAUCAUAAGAAAUGAAAUACCAACAAGAAGCCAAAUGUAAAAUAACCACCUUACAAAGUGACUUUCUUCCUUUUAAAAAUUUCCAAGGAUUUUUCCAUGAAUUUCUAAUCGUAAGAAAUGGAAUACAAGAAUUUUAUCAAAUUUUGAUUUCAAGAAGCCAAACCACCUUACAGAGUGACUUUCUUUCUUUCAAAAAUUUCCAAGGAUUUCUCCAUGGAUUACUAAUCGUAAGAAAUGGAAUACAAGAAUUUUAUCAAAUUUUGAUUUCAAGAAGCCAAAUGUAAAAUAACUAUCUUACAAAGUGACUUUCUUCCUUUCAA